GACAGACCAGAGUCCAUCAGAACUCAGCGUGUCUCUUUUAACACUUUGUGGGAACAGACGUAAAAAUCCCAGCGUUUUCAAAGAGCUCAUCGUAGUGGCUCAAAUUAGCACUUAAGCUAACGUAAUGCUACAUGCUAAUCAGAUGGAAUCAGAUAUUGUUUAAAUGAGUGAACCAAACUCAUAACAGCGUAUUCAACAUUUAGGGGAAACCUCCCUGGACUCAUCAGAGUGUGUGUGUGUGUGUGUGUGUGUGUGUGUGUGUGUGUGUGUGUGUGUGUGUGUGUGUGUGAGAGACAGACAGGCAGUCGGUGUCAUGGCGGUCGGCAUCAUGUCGACAUCUCUUCCGUCUCUAUAUCUCCUCGCCUGCUUCCUUCAGGUUCUCAUCCAGGGACAAGUGUUCCGCGCCCCUCAGGACCACCAGGUGUUCCUGAGGUCCAGGAGAGCCAACAUGUACCUGGUGGAGGAGAUCCUCCAGGGGAACCUGGAGCGCGAGUGUCACGAGGAGCGUUGCAGCUUUGAGGAGGCGCGCGAGUACUUUGAGAACACGGAGAAGACGAUCGCCUUCUGGACCGUUUACUACGGUGAGCUUCAGUUAACAGAAGCGAAUUACACCUUUCAGGAAAUGCCUUUUAUACACAUAUAAAUGUGCACUCGCUUUCUGGCAUUUCCUGUCCGUAUUGAUCUGAUCGGCUUUGG